GAGCAAGAACUCUUCUUCUUUCAUGAUUUGAGUCCUGGAAGCUGCUUUUUCCUCCCCAGAGGUGCCUUUCUUUAUAACACACUCGUGGAUUUCAUACGAGAGGAAUAUCACAGGCGUAAUUUUACUGAAGUUGUGUCUCCAAACAUCUUCAACAGUAAACUCUGGGAAGCUUCAGGACACUGGCAGCACUACAGUGAAAAUAUGUUCUCUUUUGAGAUUGAGAAGGAAACUUUUGCCCUUAAACCAAUGAAUUGUCCAGGACAUUGCUUGAUGUUUGCCCAUCGUCCACGAUCCUGGAGGGAAAUGCCUCUUAGACUUGCAGAUUUUGGAGUUCUUCACCGAAAUGAACUCUCUGGGACUUUGAGUGGCUUGACUCGUGUAAGGCGCUUCCAACAAGAUGAUGCUCACAUCUUUUGCACGAUAGAACAGAUUGAAGAAGAAAUUAAGGGCUGUCUUGAUUUCUUGAAGUCAGUGUAUGCUGUCUUUGGUUUUACCUUUCAACUACAUCUUUCUACAAGACCAGAAAACUAUCUAGGCGAGUUAGAGAUCUGGGAUCAUGCAGAAAAGCAACUUCAAAACAGCUUGAAUAACUUCGGAGAAAAAUGGAAUUUGAAUCCAGGAGAUGGAGCAUUUUAUGGUCCAAAGAUUGAUAUUAAAAUCAAAGAUGCUAUUGGCAGGUACCAUCAAUGUGCUACUAUCCAACUUGACUUCCAACUACCCAUUCGAUUUAAUCUUACUUAUGUUGGAAAGGAUGGCGAUGAUAAGAAAAGGCCAGUGAUUAUUCACAGAGCUAUUUUGGGAUCUGUGGAGAGAAUGAUAGCUAUUCUAGCAGAAAAUUAUGGAGGAAAAUGGCCAUUCUGGCUGUCUCCACGGCAGGUCAUGGUUGUGCCUGUGGGACCUACGUCUGAAGAGUAUGCCCGGCAGGUUUGCAGUGAAUUUUUUGAAGCCGGAUUUAUGUCGGAUGUGGAUCUAGAUCGAAGUUGCACAUUAAACAAGAAAAUAAGAAAUGCACAGCUGGCUCAGUAUAACUUUAUCUUGGUGGUUGGAGAAAAGGAGAAAGCAAAUAAUGCUGUCAACGUGCGCACAAGAGACAACAAAGUUCAUGGAGAGAUUUCAGUAUGUUCUGCUAUUGAAAAACUCAAGAAACUUAAGACUUCACAUGUUCCAAACGCAGAAGAAGAAUUCUAA